AUGAGCGCUGAAAGCGCAAAACCGCCACCUCUUUUGGAUCCAUUUGGAAAUGAAGUGUGUUUGCUCUUUUUCAAGCAUGGCAAAUGUCGUUAUAAGAAAAAGUGCAAAAUGAGCCACAUUCUUCCAGAUAAGAAUGCUUCCUUUAUGACAAAGAUGGAGAACAUUAUGGUUGAUCAACCCGCUGUAGUGACUGAACCAAAGAUAGCAUUUUCGAUCCAGAAAUCAGUCCCCUAUGGAAGAUCGAUAGGGCCAAAGUCAAUCUCCACAAAAUCUCCUACUCAAGGAGUGAGACGAGUAUCCACUCAGGGAUACCAAACGACGACUAAUAUGCAGCCACAGUUCGUCACUAAUGUUGACAUUAACAAGGAGUCGCAAGAUAUAAGCAUGGCAGCUACAACUAUCGGAACUACCGAUACUGUAGGUACAACCGCUACUACUACUACUACUACUACUACUACUACUACUACUACUACGACUGAUAUCCAUAAAACAUUAGGAAGUGAUCAAACAUCAUUAUCCAUUCAACAACAAGGAAAGCAAACAAAAAAAUCAAAACCGAGACGGUCAGUCAAACCUACGUCGAAAUGUUUACUUGAAUCACUCUUCAGGACCGCCAUAUCUUUUGCAGAAACCAAUAAAGAUCGGUAUUCAGAAAAUCCAUUUGUAAUUGGGCCACGACCGCAGACCACGAGGCACCUUCAAUCAUCACUAUCUCGAGAAGAGAAAACUAAGGCUAAAUCAGCAUCUAAGAAAGCAAGAGCAAAAGCAAAAUCUGGAUCUGGAUCCAAAUCCAUAGCAACUGUCCGUCCGACAACAUCACCGUCAUCACUGUCUUUAGUAGAGCCAUACUCUACAAACGAAUCUGAGGUCCUUGAUGAAAAAGUUGAACAAUGGUACAUCACCAAUAAGGCACAUAUGGAACUUCAUCAGGGAAAUAACAGUAAUUCAUCAUCGUCGCCAUCAUUAUCAUCCAGGCGACGGCUGAUGGUCCUUACAAAGCCUACGACAGCGCGACAGAAAAGUCAACUCAAAGCGAUGCGUAAACAUCAUUGGGAAUGUCAAGUAGAAAUUGAGCACAAUCUGAAAAGAAAUAUCCCUACAGCAUUCUCUCUCAGGAUAGUCCGUUCGCGGAUUGAUUGGGAGAAGAUUGCGCCAUAUAUUACACUUAUGAUUCAGGCGGCAUUUGAUAUGGAUAUCGAGCACAUCCAUUUACCGAUUAUUGGAACAACUCUGUGCACAUUAUUGGAACAUCGAGAACUCAGUGGGCUGGCCUGUGAAGAACUUCUUGUUUCAUGGGGACUAACGGAGAUCAACGCUCGAAGAUUUACAAGCCACCUCUGGGAGGUUUUAGUUGCAGCCGCCGGAGAAGCGACCGUACGUGAGGGCGGAAAAGGAGUGGGUUUCCGGGUACGUCAAUUAGAACAGAAAGAAGAUUUUAUAAAAAUAAGUUCUAAACUCCAGGUAUUGAAUAAAGCACCCACGUAA